AUGUCACAACCGAACAGAGUGCCAGAUUCGACCCAGAAUCGGAGUCCCCAACAACCGCGAAUCUCUCUAGACCAGCCGUCGAGUCCCUCCGAUACGACGUCACAGAUUCCUCGGCGCCCACCCCAGCCUUCGAGAAGUCAUUCACUGCGUAUAGCCGCCCCAGGACGGACCUCGCUUUCUCCCUCUCGAACACUUUCAGAUUCAGGAAGGAGGUUAUCGCAACAACAUGUCCGUUUUUCAGCUGAUUUGGAGCGUCCAAUUGCGGAAGGAAAUACACAGGCUUCAUGGGAGCAGGACCGGCGACCGUCGUCUAGAGGACUCUCGAUAAAUACGAGUAUCGCGAAUACCCAAAGCCUUUCGUCUGCUACCUCUCCUGAUGCCAACCGUGCGCCGAAUUCGACUCUUUCACCGCGCUCAGCGCUCUCUCCUACGUCCCCGCAGAGUCCAGAUACCGUUGGCCGCUCUCGAUCCCGAAACCGCGGAUACUCGUUACGUCGAACAAUCUUUGCGAAGAAUAUCGAGUCGCAAUCGGCUCCUCCGUCACCUGUUGAGCUAGGGGAUAUUGCGAAGACCGAAUCGGAGGUUGCAGAGCAAGAAGUUUCCGCGGCGCCGGCACCCGGGACGUCGGAGACAAAAUUCAGUGAAAAUGAGAAGUUGGAGGUAAACGUUGCGCAAAAGUCAACGUCUGCUUCGGCUUGUACGGAGAAUGGGCUCAGUGUGUAUUCCUCCGAGCAAACAGAUCUCAAGGAAGGGAGGAAUUUGUCUCCGAGUUUAUCUUAUGAUCGAUGGCUCAAAAGGAAAGCGGCCAUUACCGCUCUGCAACUUCGUGCUGAGAAUUUCCUCGAGACGAUCCGCAAAACCAUUCUCCGGAUCAAGACGAUUCCGCCGAGCAAAGAUGGCCGUCAUAUUGAUCUUGACCCGACGCGGACAGAAAACCUGAUCGAUGAGCGGACAGGAAAGCCAUAUGUCGAAAACUGGAUUCGUUCGAGUCGCUACAGUUUAUGGAGCUUUUUUCCCCGCCAGUUCUUCGCGCAAUUUACUAAACUAGCAAACUUUUAUUUCCUGGUUGUUGCAAUCCUGCAAAUGAUCCCUGGUUUGAGUACGACAGGUAAAUUCACUACUAUUGUACCUCUUUUGAUUUUUGUCGGAAUCUCCAUGGGCAAAGAAGGGUUCGAUGAUUGGCGGCGGUAUCGACUGGACAAGGAAGAAAAUAACCGCUUCGCCUACGUGCUUCGACCCGGCGCAAACGUGCUAUCCCGUUCUGUCACUGGUGACAGCGGAUCCACCUCGAGUGAGUCGCAGGACUGGGAUAUGGUUAAGUGGAACGAAAUUAAGGUUGGCGAUGUGAUUCGGCUGGAGCGUGAUCAGCCUGUACCUGCAGAUAUGGUCUUGCUUCACGCGGAUGGGCCGAACUGUACGGCCUACGUGGAGACCAUGGCUUUGGAUGGGGAGACCAAUCUUAAAACCAAGCAGCCGUGCCACUCUGUGGCAAAGGUAUGCGGAACGGUGGGAGGUAUUUGCAGCAGUUCAAUACACUUUGCUGUAGAAGAUCCUAACCUUGAUCUCUACAAAUUCGAUGGAAACGUGACGGUAGCUGCUGGAGAGAAGACGCCGCUGACAAACAAUGAAAUUCUCUACCGCGGUAGUAUCCUUCGCAACACUGAACGGGCAGUGGGCAUGGUCAUUUACACGGGCGAGGAAUGCAAGAUCCGCAUGAAUGCAAACAAAAACCCUCGCAUCAAGAUGCCCUCUCUCCAAGGCAAGGUUAACCGAGUCGUCAUGCUCAUUGUGCUUUUGGUGGUAAUGCUGGCUGGUGCCUGUACCAUUGCCUACAAGUACUGGUCACAUGACGUGGAAAGCCAUGCCUGGUACCUCGAGGACGCCAACGUGAGCUAUGGGCCUGUUUUCACCUCUUUUCUCAUCAUGUUCAAUACGAUGAUUCCGAUUUCGCUCUAUGUGAGUAUGGAAAUUGUCAAGGUGGCUCAAAUGCUCAUGCUCAACGCCGAUAUCGACAUGUAUGAUCCCGAGUCUGACACACCGCUUGAAGCCCGGACUUCGACGAUCAAUGAGGAACUUGGCCAAGUCAGCUAUAUCUUCUCAGACAAAACUGGAACAUUGACAAACAAUAGCAUGCGUUUCCGUAAGAUGAGCGUCGCUGGGACCGCAUGGUUUCAUGACUUUGAUCUGCUUGACGAGGCUGCUCAGGAAGGUGAUCGGGAGAAGCUGAUCCAUAAGAAACGAAGUGUCAAAGGCAAAAAGGCUGUAGCCCGGCAAUCUAAUGUCUCCGAGGUUCAACGAUCUCUGGCUAGACCGUCCAUGUCAACCCAUGAUGGGGCUCGCAAGGAAGGGCCAUCUGUGCCGAACACUCGCACGACCGAUAUGCUUAAAUACAUUCAGCGCAAGCCAUAUACGGUCUUUGCCCGCAAAGCCAAGAUGUUUAUCCUGGCAAUGGCUCUCUGCCAUACGUGUCUCCCGGAGGAGGACGAGUCUGGAAAUACAACCUUCCAAGCGGCCUCGCCAGACGAGCUCGCUUUGGUCACGGCUGCUCGAGAGCUAGGGUAUAUCGUCCAUGACCGGCAACCGAAUACACUGACUGUCAGAACAUUUCCUAACGGACAAGAUCAGGAGCCUGUUGAUGAAGUCUACGAGAUUUUAGAUGUGAUCGAAUUUUCUAGCGCUCGAAAGCGCAUGUCAGUCGUGGUGCGGAUGCCUGACCGACGGAUUUGCCUGUUCUGCAAAGGCGCCGACAGUGUCUUAAUGAAACUCUUGAAGCGAGCCGCCCUUGCUCAGGAAAAAGUCAAUGAAAUUGAGCGCCGCGCAAGCAAGCGAAAGGCUGCAGAGGCUAGUGAGGUCAUCAGGCGAAACAGCGAGCACCACAACCGUAAAGAUAGUGGCGUACGCAACAGUUUCAGUCGUCCAAGUAUGUCGCAUCGUCGCUCUAGCGUUUCUGGCAGGCGCGCAUCCACAUUGAGAGACAGUAUUGAUGUCUGGCUUCGUGAUCGGGAGACGGAUGGCGGACUCCUGCACAGGAAUAGCGACGUCGAGUAUUACAGCCCCAGGCCUUCCGCGCAGUUAGGACGGCAAUCUACCACGUUCUCUGAUUCGGGAAGUUCCGUUCAUGACGAUGAAGAGGAUUUGGUCGAGGAGGCGCUGGUUGUUGACGAAGCUGCUGUUUUCGAGCGCUGCUUCCAGCAUUUAAAUGACUUUGCUACUGAGGGAUUGCGGACGCUUCUAUAUGCCCACCGAUUCUUAGACGAGGCCACAUAUGCGGAGUGGAGAUGCGCUUACCAAGAAGCUACAACUAGUCUUGUCAAUCGGCAGGAACGGAUUGAACAGGUUGGCCAGCAAAUUGAGCAACAGCUCGAAUUGACCGGUGCCACAGCGAUCGAAGAUAAGCUCCAGAAGGGCGUCCCAGAGACAAUUGACAAGCUACGCCGAGCGAACAUUAAGCUAUGGAUGCUUACUGGCGACAAACGGGAGACGGCGAUCAAUGUUGGUCACUCAUGCCGCCUGGUCAAGGAUUACUCUAGCCUUGUGAUUCUGGAUCAAGAAAUGGGCAAUGUGGAAGAGUCCAUUUCGAAUCUGACAAAGGACAUCUUGAACAAAACAGUUGCUCACUCCGUGGUCGUGGUCGAUGGGCAGACGCUCUCAAUGAUUGAAGGGGACGAGACCCUUCGCGCCGCCUUCUUCAAACUUGCCAUUCUUGUCGAUUCGGUGAUUUGCUGCCGUGCCAGUCCGAAGCAGAAAGCUUUUCUGGUCAAGUCAAUUCGCCGGCAGGUGCAAGAUUCGGUGACUCUGGCAAUCGGCGACGGCGCUAAUGACAUCGCUAUGAUCCAAGAGGCUCACGUGGGUAUUGGUAUCACGGGUAAAGAAGGUCUUCAGGCUGCACGUAUUUCCGACUACUCGAUUGCUCAGUUCAGAUUCUUGCUGAAAUUGCUUUUGGUUCACGGCCGGUGGAACUACAUGCGAGCUUGCAAGUAUACUCUCGGAACGUUCUGGAAGGAAAUGCUCUUCUAUCUUACUCAAGCCUUGUAUCAGCGAUGGAACGGAUACACCGGUACGAGUCUGUAUGAGCCCUGGAGUCUUAGCAUGUUCAACACCCUCUUUACCUCGCUCGCCGUCAUCUUCUUAGGCAUUUUCACUAAGGAUCUCUCUGCAUCGACCCUCCUCGCCGUUCCGGAACUCUACACCAAAGGCCAGCGCAGCGAGGGCUUCAACAUCCGCCUCUACCUUGGCUGGACAUUCAUAGCUACGUGCGAAGCCAUGCUCGUCUACUUUGUCAUGUACAGUCUUUUCGGCAACGUCCUCUUCACCACAGGCAACAUCAACGAUAUCUUCUCCGCGGGUCUUCUAACCUUCUCCGCCUGCGUGAUCAUCAUCAACACAAAACUACAGGUUCUCGAAGUCCACAAUAAAACAUACCUCUCCUUAGCGGUCUUCAUCAUCUCUGUUGGCGGCUGGUUCCUCUGGAACAUGAUUCUCUCAAGACAAUACGACUUCAAAUCGGGUGACGGCAUUUACCAUGUCCCUGGCAACUUCCUGCUCCACUCUGGUCACGAUCUCUCAUUCUGGGUUGUACUACUUAUAACCGUUACCGCGGUCAUCAUCUUCGAGAUCAUCGUCGCCUCCCUCCGCGCGAAUAUUUUCCCGACUGAUGUCGACGUCUUCCAGGAAUAUGAGAAGGAUCUGGAUAUCAGGAAACGCUUCGAAGAGGCCGCUGCGUCAGAGUUGCAGCAGGGAUGGGACCAUGGCAAGAAGAAAUCAAGCUUCGAAAUCGCCCGCGAGGAAGCGGAGAUGGAGGCGCGCGAGAGACAGGUUGCUGAGCUCCUGGCUAGGCCGAGAGUUAUGAGCGAUGCGGCUAAGAACGAUUCUUCGCGCGGCGUUGGUGUUUAUGUCGAGUCUGCAAGUGAGUCUGCGUCUGCGUCUGCUUCUGCGCUUGGCGACAGUCAAGAUCAGAUUGCUGGUACUGGUGUUGGCGCUGAGUCUUCUGCGCCAAGACGCUCGAUGGAGAUUCAUGAACUGUUCUCGAAGGGGUUCGGGGCAUUAAAGAAGGGGCAGUUGAAGUGA